AUGACCGACCACCGCCUCCCAAUCCAAACCCAACACUGCCGCUUCUGCAACCACCUCCUGCUAGCAACAACCCGCAACAUAAGCACCCUACCGCGGCGCGGCGGCGAAGGAAAAGACAAAGCGCUGAUUCUGCCCCUCGAGCGAAAAAGCUCAACAGACGCAGACGCGGAUAUAGAAGCCGACCUCAAAGAAGAAGCCAAGACCACAGAAACAGAACCGUCAUCGCGCAAGACAAGAGCAAGACAUGUCUCUAACCACACGACGCUGUUGCUGGCUACUACGAUCCCGGACCGGCGGGCGACGAUUAUCCGGCGCGAAGACGGGAUCGAAAAGAGGAUUCUGUUGAGGUGUGGGCGGUGCAAGGUUGUUGUGGGGUAUUAUUUGGAUCGGUUGCAUUGGGCGUCUACUGGGGAUCAUCGGGAGAGGGGAGGGGCGCGGGAUGGCGAGGAGGAGGAGGAGCGGCCGCCGGCUGUUUAUCUUCUUCCUGGGGCUGUGGUGGAGACGGAGAAGUUGGGGGGUGAGGGGGUUGGGGAGAGGGAGUGGAGGGAGUGGGUUGUUUAG